AUCCUUUCUAUAUAUGUCGGUCAUUGCCUCGUCUCUGCUCUUCUUCCUUUCACUUCUCCCUCUGCGAUUGUAAUUGCGAUUCCUUGCAUCGUUUUCUUUCCAACUGCUUUGCCUAUUGUGGUUUACAAUCGAUCCGUCUUCUCAUCGCUAAAUUCUCUCGGAUUUCUGUUUGUUCUCUUUGAGCUUCUUUUCCGUUUUGUUUCGUGGUGUUUGAGGCGUCAGGGUUGAUUUGGAAGUGAAUUUCGGUGCGAGGAGGAGUUCGAAAUUUUAAAUCUACCUGCGAUAUUCUUGAUUUUUGUUUUAUAUAAUCUCAUUCGUCGAAGAUUUUUAUCGGUUUUUCGAUGUCAAACCCUAGAAAAGAGGACUCGAUCGCCAGCAACGCUAAUGGUGAUGCCGAUCGUGAUAACGUUGAAGAAUUCGGGGAGUCGUCACGAGUUGGCGGUGUCUCUUCGAAUGUUGGAGAGGUUUCUGGUGGUCCGCAUGCUUCGACGAGGGAUAUUAACCUUACGGAGCGGCUGACUGAUAUUCUUGUUGACGAAGGAGAUGGCGAUCUGUUGCUUCAGCAGAGCGAUCGGGAAGAUAGGGUUAUACGGUGGCUUCAGGCGCUAGAUAUGCAAGUCAUGGGCGCUUGUCGGGCGGACGAAAGGUUGAAGCCGUUGUUGAAGAUGACUACGUCCAACGACAUAGCGGAAGAUCGCCUUCUUGCUCAAUUGAGUCAGCAUUUCGAGCCGGUUGAAGUUGGCAUUCUAGCGAGGUGUUUCUGUAUACCUCUCGUCUCCAUUCGCGUUGGAAAAAUUGACAAGCAAGGAACACUCCUAUGCCCUACGACCGCUAGGGGAAACUUAAAUCUAAUGGUUCUACCAUCAUCCGACUUUCGACUCUCAUUCAUUGGGGAUAAUGGCCAUGUAGAGAGACUAUUCACUCUGAGUAACAGAUCAUCGAGUGCUGCCAUUACAAUCGAUGAGAUUGCAUCCGAUAGUUCUGGCCGUUCAUUUGUUAUUAAAGCAAAUGAUCAAAAUACCUAUUUUUGGUGCUCAGAGAAAUCAAAGCUUUUGGGAACAGAACUACUUUUGAAGAUGAAAGAUUUACUGCAGAGGAGGCCCUCUAUUGCUGGAUUAACUGGAAUCAGUGAAUCACGUCUUGGUUGCUUUGCAACACGCCUUCGUGCCUAUCUUGUGGAGUCAACUGUUGCUAAUCACCAUCCAGCAAGUUCUGCAGACUCACACUCUUCAGUAGACACCACUAGAGAACUAUCUCAUUCAUCUCAUUUUGGUCAAUCAUCAAAAUCUAUUCGGUCAAGAAAUUAUGGUAGUCCAGCAGUUAAAGCAAAUUCUGCACAUCAGGGUAGUCUUAGCCCCAGGUUGAAUUCCUUUAAAGAAGGCCUUCCUAAGACGCUGCUUUCUCUGAGAGAUGCAGCUAGGGAAAAAUUCAGGAGGCGUGGAGACAACUUGGCUUUAGACAACCAUAUUGCUACUUCAUCGAUUUCCAAUGACGUUAAUUCUGAAACUCAAACUGGUGAUUUAAGUUGCCCAUUAUCUCCAUCGAACUUCCUGAAAUCAUUGGGAAAAUUAGCUGCCCCAACUCCUGCAAAUUCUUCUCAUGCUCCUUGUGUGGUGUCACCUCUCUUUACACCUUACUAUUGCUGGUGUCCUGGAUCAUCAUCAAUUCUGCAGCGAAGGGAAGAACCUUCUCAACUCCCCAUCCCAUCCUUUAGUGCAUCUUCUCUACCUCCAUUUCCUUCGCUGUUCCCAGCUUCUGCACCUUCAAACUUGUCCGUUCCAGUAUCACCCUUAAAUUUAGUUGAUUCUCCGUCACUGGAUUUCCCUGCUCUAUUUCCAGACCCACUCGUCCGUUUGCCUUUGAAAACCUCUCAGCAGAUCCCGACCUUCACACCGCUGUUCUGUGAUCCAAUUGUUCAUGUUCCUGUGAUUGAUGUUUGCUCUUCGGGUCCAGGCUAUCUUGUUAGUGCAGGCCCUACCAUUACAACCUCCAUUCCACCACUGCAUCCUAAACUCGUGAAUCCAAUGCUACCCGCUACUGAUGUGGAAAAGGAUGCUAGGGAGACGCUUCGUCUGCUCAUCAGUGGUUCAAGCCAGGGUAACCCUCAAUUGAUGAACGUACUCCCUGUUGUUCUAACAGACUCAGAAGCAAAUCGAAGUUUAUUUUUAACUGGUAGCCAUGGUCUGUACAGUAAUACUCGAGACAUUGAUGCUAUUGCGAACAGCAUUGCUUCUCUGGGUAUUGCGUCACUUUCAGGGAAAUCCACAAGUGAGCAUGUAGGGAAGAGAUUUAACCUUGAUGGUUUAAAUGGCCACCCAGAUGACAGCAGUGAUUCAGAAAGCUCUUGUUCGGAAGGCGAGGAUGUGUUUUCCCAGUCUCACUUUGAGGAAAGCAAGUUUGGUUGACAGAAAAUUUUCCUACAUACAUUCAUUUCUUCUUUGUAGAUCUUGGUCGCUUCUAUUUCGGUUUGCUAAUGUGUAGAUAUGUUGGUUGUUGAGUUAUAAUUAGCGUAGUGUUCUUCACCAAGAGAGGUUGGUGACUUUUACUGCCUUAUUAGUCUAUGUUCAUGUUAUAUUCCCUUAAAUGCCUUAAGAUUACUUACUGCGUUGGGUUACUCUUUA